UUAAACCUCUUUAGUGAGUACUUGGCAAGUCAUCGUCCAGGAGAUGGCCGGCUGAAUUUGAACUACAAAGUUGUUGGGUGUCUGUUGGAUACACAAGGCGUCUGCGGUAGACUGCGAUCUAUCGGAAGCUAUUAUUUAGCAAGUCAUCGUCCAGGAGGUGGCCGGCCGUUGUGUAAACAAUAG